AUGUAUGGAUCUUGUCAUGAAUGUAAAAGAAAGAAGCUUAACUAUGACAAAACAAAGUUUAAAGGUAAAGUGUAUUUUAGCGAAUGGACUAGAAAAGAGGACAGAUAUAUUAAAGACGGAAAACACAUUAAAUCUAUUAAAAAUGUGAAAGAAACUAAAGAAGUAGAAAUAGAAUAUUUAAUAAAAGAUUUCGAAAUAGAGCUGAUUCUACUGAAAAAGCAUAAGAUAUCGAAAAUAUUUCAAAAGAGCUUCCAAGAAACAUUACAAGAUUACAAGGUACUUUGCACAUGCACCAACUGUUCACUUCCAAAUACUCCACAACAAAUAAUUCCAAGUACUCGUACGUUGAGUUGUUUUUGCGAACGGGGAUUUUGCAAGUGUUUAGAACCUAAAAUUUACCAUCCUGUUCCUCUGGUAUCAACAACAACUGCUGAUGCAUCAGUCGACAAUGAUACUGCGAUGGUGAUUCCUUCAUCUCCUACGGAUUCAGCAGAUGCUAGUGGUGCAUGUGGUGAUAAUAAUAUCGUUAACACUCUUUCGUCUUCUAUGCCUUCUGACGAUGAUGUACCUCUUAACAGAAUCAAAUCGAGGUGUUCCGGAGCUACAGUAACUACUGCUAGCAAAGCACUAGCAGAAAUAAACUGCACAGACUUAGCCAAGGACGCGGGUAAACGAGGAGCUGUUUACGAUAUGGUUUACGGUUCCGUAGACGCAUCUAAUGAAGAAAAUCAGCCUACGACUUCUGGGAAUAAUAAAAUGCUGCCAAGUAACGGAGAUUUCCUUUUAGUAAGCGUCCACGCUGGUAAGAAUAAAACUUAUACUUACGCAAGCCUUGCACAAAGUGAUCUCGAAGACGAUGGCGAGAUUAAAGUGAUAUUUCUCCGGGCAUACAAGGGUGCAACUAAGUUUAAAUUAGACGAAAACGAUAUAGCGUUUGUUGAAUUUAAUGAUAUUAUAAAAAUUCUCCCUACACCAAAACAAAUAAUUAAGAACGGAAAAGUCUAUUAUAAAUUUCAAGAACAAUUAGACAUAUACGAAAAAUAA